GCCGAGCAGCCCCGGCUCCGGGCUGAGGACUAUGGGCGAGCGGCGCUGAGCACCGGGGGAAGAGCUGAGAAUGAAGCGGAGAGCGUCGGACAGAGGAGCUGGGGAGACAUCAGCCAAAGCGAAGGCCCUGGGAAGUGGCACCUCCGGAAAUCAUGCGAAGCGAGCCGGGCCCCUCAUCCUCGGUCUCCGCCUGGGCAACUCACCGGUGCCCAGCAUCGUGCAGUGUUUGGCGAGGAAGGAUAGCACAGAUGACUUCUACCAACUGAAGAUUCUCACCCUGGAGGAACGAGGGGACCAAGGACUAGAGAGCCAAGAGGAGAGGCAAGGCAAGAUGCUGCUCCACACCGAGCACUCUCUGCUCUCCCUCCUCCACACGCAGGACGGCGUGGUCCACCACCACGGCCUCUUCCAGGACCGUACCUGCGAAGUUGUGGAGGACACAGAGUCCAGCCGGAUGGUGAGGAAGAUGAAGAAGCGCAUCUGCCUGGUCCUCGACUGCCUCUGUGCACACGACUUCAGCGACAAGACCGCCGACCUGAUCAACCUGCAGCACUACGUCAUCAAGGAGAAGCGGCUCAGCGAGCGAGAGACCGUGGUCAUCUUCUACGAUGUGGUACCCGCGGUGGAGGCCCUGCACCAGAAAAACAUUGUGCACCGAGACCUGAAGCUCGGGAACAUGGUGCUCAAUAAGAGGACUCAUUGGAUAACCGUCACCAACUUCUGCCUCGAGCAUCUCGUGAGCGAGGGGGAUCUCCUGAAGGACCAGAGGGGCAGCCCCGCGUACAUCAGCCCCGACGUGCUCAAUGGCCGGCCGUACCGGGGCAAGCCGAGCGAUGUGUGGGCCCUGGGCGUGGUACUCUUCACCAUGCUGUAUGGCCAGUUCCCCUUCUACGACAGCAUCCCGCAGGAGCUCUUCCGCAAGAUCAAGGCCGCCGAGUACACCAUCCCCGAGGACGGGCGAGUUUCCGAGAACACCUUGUGUCUUAUCUGGAAGCUGCUGGUGCUUGACCCCCAGCAGCGCCUGGCCGCCUCUGACGUCCUGGAGGCCCUCAGCGCCAUCAUCGCGUCCUGGCAGUCCCUGUCGUCUCUGAGUGGGCCUUUGCAAGUGGUUCCGGACAUCGAUGACCAGAUGAGCAGUACUGACAACCCCCAGGAGGCGAAGGUGACGGAGGAGUGCUCGCAGUACGAGUUCGAGAACUACAUGCGGCAGCAGCUGCUGCUGGCCGAGGAGAAGAGCUCGGGCCACGAGGUGCGCAGCUGGCUGCCCAAGCGGCAGUUCGGCAGCGUGCCCCCCGUGCGGCGGCUGGGCCACGACGCGCAGCCCAUAAACCCUUUGGACGCAGCCAUCCUGGCACAGCGCCACCUGCGGAAAUAGUGGCCACCAGCCGCCUCUGCCCUGCCCCUGGCCGUUGGGCCCG